CGACCAACCCUCAAUCACUUGGUUUUUUUCCUAUUCACUGAUCUCUCUCACGUUUCCUCUCGGACCGCCGGUCGUCGUCGACUCUGAGUUCCCGGCCGCACGUCCAGGCGGUACCGCUCCAAAGUUGGUCUUUCAUCUUCGCAGAACCACACUAAGAGACCAAGCAGCUCAGCCACAACUCAGGGUUUUCAACUGCGAAUAGCCCGCCAAUUUGUUUUUACAGGUCUAGUCCAAAAAUUGCAAGGUUACCAAGUUAUAGAUAAGUCACUGCGGUCAACCAUUUCAUUUGAAAACUAGUCAUCUGUAAUGGAAAAAGUGGACUCUGCUGUUGGAGUUGUUCUUUCUGAAGAUGGGAUAUCAGAGAGAGCCAAUAGUAAUAAUGGAAUAACAGACAAACCUUCAUCUAUAGCUCAGAGCGAUAUCGUGGAGAAAGUUGAUGUUUUGACCCUGGAGGAGCCAACAGAAGCUGCAAAGAAGAAGAAGAAGAACAAAAAUAAGAAGAAAAAGGAAAAACCACAACAAACAGAUCCACCGACUGUUCCGGUAGUAGAACUUUUUCCUUCUGGCGAGUUUCCAGAGGGUGAAAUUCAACAAUACAAAGAUGAUAACCUGUGGCGUACUAUGUCUGAAGAAAAAAGGGAAUUAGAACGCCAGGGAAGACCAAUUUAUAAUUCACUUCGACAAGCAGCAGAAGUUCAUCGUCAGGUCCGGAAACAUAUUAAACAAAUUCUGAAGCCUGGGAUGCUGAUGAUUGACAUAUGCGAAACCUUGGAGAAUACAGUUCGUAAACUAAUAUCAGAAAAUGGACUCCAAGCUGGCAUUGCGUUCCCCACUGGGUGUUCACUGAAUUGGGUUGCAGCCCAUUGGACUCCAAAUUCUGGAGACCAAACUGUGCUUCAAUAUGAUGAUGUCAUGAAAUUGGAUUUUGGAACACACAUUGAUGGUCGCAUAGUAGACUGUGCAUUUACUGUGGCUUUCAAUCCCAUGUUUGAUCCACUGCUUGAAGCCUCACGGGAAGCCACCAACACAGGGAUCAAGGAAGCAGGCGUGGAUGUUCGCCUAUGUGAUGUUGGUGCUGCCAUUCAGGAAGUCAUGGAGUCAUAUGAAGUUGAAAUUAAUGGAAAAGUCUUCCAAGUUAAAAGUGUCCGGAAUUUGAAUGGGCACAGCAUUGGGCAAUAUCAAAUCCAUGCUGGUAAAUCUGUCCCGAUUGUGAAAGGAGGAGAGCAAACUAAGAUGGAAGAGGGUGAAUUUUAUGCAAUUGAAACAUUUGCGUCUACAGGGAAGGGAUAUGUGAGAGAAGAUCUUGAGUGCAGUCAUUAUAUGAAGAAUUUUGAUAUUGGCCACGUCCCAUUGCGGCUGCCAAGAGCAAAGCAAUUACUAGCAACCAUAAAUAAGAACUUCUCCACCCUGGCUUUCUGUAGACGCUAUCUUGACCGCCUUGGUGAAACUAAGUAUCUCAUGGCGCUCAAGAAUUUGUGUGAUGCUGGUAUUGUCCAGCCAUAUCCUCCUCUGUGUGAUGUUAAGGGAAGCUAUGUAUCUCAAUUUGAGCAUACCAUUUUACUUCGUCCAACUUGCAAAGAGGUGGUUUCCAGGGGUGAUGACUAUUGAUUUUGAGAUAUAUACAUCCUUUUUUGCAUGUUUCAGAGUUCUUGUAUGCUCGAUAUUUGAUACUAAUCAAGAGAAUAGCUAUAAGUACUAUUAUUUACUUUUUCUCAACUCAACGGUCCUGCUGUUAUAAAUAUAAAACCUUCAUUUCUAAUCGAAUCAAAAUUGGGAUUCAUGGUGUGUUUUGUUGAGCUUUAGAUAGUAAAUUA